AUGAGAGUUUCAACAAGACUAUUUAAACAUACUAUCAAGUUCGUCGGUGGACCACAUCCAAUUCCAAAGUCUCAUGCAGCUAAAGCACAUCCAUUUGCUCCAGAAGGUAUUACACCAGGUUCAGUAGGCUCUUCAAGUAAUGGUACUCAAUCAAGAUCUUAUCACAAUAGCAAUCCAAUAGAUCCACAAAAUGGAGAAUUUUUUUCAAGAAGUGAAUUACCAAAAAGAUUUCAAUAUAAACCAAUAAAAGAAUUCGAAAUUGAAAAUGUUAGUAGUGGAGGUGCUGAUGUUAUUUAUUGA